CAUUCAUAAAGACAGGUCAGUCGUAUUUCAAGCAGCAGCAGAAAGAAAAUCUAUCAACUGAGGUAUUUCUUAUUUUGUAUGUGACUAUUAUUUAUGGCUGUUAUAUUGUAAAUUGAACAACUCUACCAUUUAAUUUAGUUCGAGCCGAGUCAGGUAGACCCGAAAGCCGGCAAAGUGCGUACCUGCAGUACCUAUGUAAUUGUCUGCUUUCAAUAUUAAGUGUAUGGGUAUUAUUUGUUUCAUAUUAACAAGGAUUAGUGUCUAACUAUUGACUGACACCUUUUUUAUAUCAUUCCAAGUAAAAGUGACCAAAUAUACGAGCUAGCCGAUUAAACUCAUUCUCUACUUUCACGUUUUCAAUCGGGCUUCCGGCCCAAACAUUCGACACUGUCCUUAUUAAUAGAAAUGAGUGACAAUUGGUUUGAAAAUAUGGAUAAUGGAGAAAUAACCGGAUUAAUUUCAGUUGAUAUUAGGAAAGCCUUUGACUCUAUUGAUCAUAAAAUCCUAUUAAGGAAGAUGCAAGACCAGUUUGGUGUUCAAGAUUUUGAGCUAAAAUGGUUCCAAUCCUAUUUGACGAAACGAAGCCAAGUUUGUGUUGUCAAUGGCCACACAUCGUUGGCUAAGGAAAUUGUAUGCGGAGUUCCACAGGGAUCUAUCUUGGGACCCCUCAUGUUUUUACUAUAUAUAAAUGAUUUGCCUGAAUGUCUGAAAAACACAACUCCUGGCAUGUAUGCUGACAAUACUCAAAUAUAUGCAUCUUCCGCAAGUUUCUCCGACUAGUAACCAAACUUAAUCAGGAUUUAGAAAAUAUAGUCAAAUGGCUCUCUCGAAAUAAAUUGCAAGACAAAAGCAAUGUUUAUAGGAUCACCCUAUAACUUAAAAAACAAAGUUGGUAAUGAACAGGUUAUGAUAAAUGAUAAACCGGUUACUCGAUAUUCCUCUUUUCCAUGUCUGGGAGUAGAACUCGAUGAAAGAAUGAGCUGGGAAAACCAUAUAGACACAAUAUGUAGGAAAGUUGGCUCCGGUAUUGGAAUCAUCAAAAGAGUAAUGCCGUUUGUACCGUCCGAAACACUACAAAAUUUAUAUAAUUCUCUCGUUCUCCCAUAUUUUGACUAUUGUUCAUCUUUAUGGGAUAAUUGUGGAAGCAUGCUCAGAGAGAAAUAACAAAAACUACAAAAUAGGGCGGCAAGAAUUAUGUCAGGUGCCAAUUAUGAUGUCAGGUCGACAGAUUUGCUCCAUGCUAUGUCAUGGAAAAAUCUGAACGACAGACAUAAAAUGAAUAAAUCGGUCUUGAUGUUUAAAAUAUUAAACAACCACUCAGCUCCGAACUUAAAGGAUAAAUUUGUAACAAGGGACAUAAAUCUUAGUACUCAUUAUAAUCUCAGAAAUGCUGAUAUAAAUCUUUCAGUUCCUAAACCACGUACUGAAUAUUUAAAAAAGAGUUUUGGAUAUAGCGGGGCUGUUCUAUGGAAUAGUUUACCUACGCAGGCAAAGCAAACAGAAUCUUUAAGUAGCUUCAAAAAUUUGAUAAAAUAAUGUGUGCUACAGAGUCAGGCAUCGAAUAGUCUUUAGAAUUUACUUUCGAAUAGAAUUUAACUUUUUUAUCUAAGUAUUUGUUAUUCUAUGUUAUUCUAUUUCAUAUUUAAUUUAUAUUAGUUUUUAGAAUGUAAUUUGUGUGACGCCCCUCAUGAAAAUCAUCCAUGGGUGAUGAGGGAAGCGUGGUUAAAUAAAGUUUUACUAUACUAUACUAUACUAAUAUCGCCGAUCGAAAUUGAAUUUUCCAUUUUUGCAUAAUACGCCUCUUCGUGGUUUGCGACACCAUCUUGUCAAGUAAGGCAAACGCAAUAAAGCAACAAUACCAGGCAAUUUGCUGUGGCUUGUUGCAAAUUGAUUGUGUAUACGAGUCAUUAGCGACCUAUUUUCGCUCGUAUAUAUAAAUGAUCCAAAUGUGACUUGGCAAACAAGCUUGAAACAGAAGUGCAAACAUGUGUUAGGGCUUUUCAUUAUUUUCCAUAGUUCUGCACCCAAUCCCCAACUGUAGAAAAAUGAGAUUUCGACCGCCAAUUUUUUGUUCGAUUUGUAUUAUUAGACAGCUAAAAGACUAGUGUUAUUGCUGUGCAACAAUGUUAUCGAUCAACUGAAUAUCUAACACAGGUAAACACGCUAAAUUUGGAUACGUAUACCUUUUUUUUCUAAACACCCUGGUGUCGGAUAUCAGCAGAUAUAGGGCAAAUGAGUCAAUGCACAAAAUACAACUACCGGGUGUCCCAAAAAAAAGUACUCCUGUUUGAUUUGUAAUAACUUCUAAACAAGUAAAGCUUUUAAAGAGAAAUAACUUGCAUCAAAUAGAGGAAGGAUUAACUUAGAUUUUGGUAUAUUACAGUUGUAUUUCACUUAAAAUUCACGGAGAUAUUAAUGUUUAAAAUCGGGAGCAUAUUUCUCGAUGUGUCUGAAACAUGCAAAAAACGGCGUAUCAAAUAUUAAUCAAGAUUUGCCCGACUGAAACAUGCACUAUUACCAGUAAAUAAAUGACACUUGCAAAUUGUUUAUUAUGAAACAAAGUAUUAUUAUAUGUAUACAAAAUACAAGCAAGAUUAAUUCGUCCGAAAUUCGCUUGUGUUCCUAGCACGAAUACGUUUCCUUAUUUCAUGAGUCAGACCAAUGCAUCGCAAAGGAUCGUCAUCGAUCGUUCGUAGUUCUGAAUUAGGGCAUGCUGUCACAAAGGUCUUCCGAUCUCUUCUAACUUCUGCAACGUUCUGAAAUCUUGUUAGGAACACCCAAACUCUUUUACCUUUUCUUAAUCUUGGCAAGUUCAGAGUAAACUGAGAAUUAUAUGAAACACAAUCAAACCAUACAACUUUAUAAGACAUAACAAUUAAGCAACUCCCCAGAGACAUGCAACAUUUUUGGAAUAAAACGUAACAAAAUAGUAGCAUUAAUACGCGGUGAUGCGUAUUUGCAAACAGCAAUAUUACUUCUUUCAAUAAAGAAUAAUAUUCAUCCUGCUCUAACAGAGAAAUAAUCAACUCAGUCUGUUUGAACCCAUUAAAAACAUUAAAAAAAUUAUGCUAUUUAAGAAACAUUUAAGCGCCUGCCGUCCAUCGUCUUUCAUGUACCUUUAAGUUUGUAAAGACCUAUUAAAUACUUGCAUAAUUUCGAAGUUCAUAUUUCAGGAAACAAUGAGCUAAGACUUACAUGUAAGAUGUCUAAAUCUACGCCAUAUCCCUUACAAACCCUAACGACAAUUCGCUGAAAUACAAGUUAGCCGGAUAUGUCAUUAAGCAAACAAACGCUGGAAUUAAUAUUUGAUAUGCCGAUUUUCGCUAAUUUUAGACACAUCCCAAAAUAUGCUCCCGAUUUUGAACAUUGAUAUCUCCGUGACUUUUUAAGUAAAAUACAACUGGAAUAUAUCAAAAUCUAAGUUAGUCCUUCCUCUAUUAAAUGCAAGUUACUUCUCUUUAAAAGCUCUACUUGUUUAGAAGUUAUUACGAAUCAAACAGGAGUACUUUUUUUUGGGACACCCGGUAUUGUAUUCAUUAAAUUUAAAAUCUAUUGCAAGAAACGGUUUAUAAAUUUCAAAUUAGCUUUCCCAAAUUUCAAGCGUCUAUCACAUAUAAUUAUUUGAGUUGCAAUUAUUCGGGCUAGUUUAUUUUUAAAUUUUUACGAAAAAGAGAAACUUAGACUGCGUCGACAUGCAAAUUUCGAAACCGUGGACAGUCAUACUCCCACAAGAUUUAGAUGGUGGGAUCCUUUAUCACUUACUCAGUAUUGCAAUGUUUGCGAUAAAACUUGAAACAAUAUUCUGUUCUGACAAAUAUUUUGUGAUGAAAUUCAGCGGAUAGCAUUUAGAGGAGCUGCCUCCAUAAAAUCGAAAUUUUUGAGAGGGAACCAACCAUUGUUGUUUCGUAAAUUGCCACUUCGUGUCCAAAAAUAUCAUGAGCCAUGACACUCAAUAGAAACUGGCCGUUUAACUGUCUUAUGUUAAUGAAUUGAAUUGUAUGCAACGUUUGUAAUCGUUCAAGCAUUACUUAAUGAGUCAUUUAUGGCUUCGGUGGUGCAGUCGUCAGGGCAAGCGCCUUUCACGUCUGAGUUCGUUCGUUCGAUUCUCGCUCUGUCGUGGGUUUUCCCCAGCCGCUCCGGUUCCCUCUCACAAGAAAGUUGACAGGGUAGAUAGCUGUAAGAAUAAAUAGUCCAUUGUCGUAAUGGUCGUAAAAAUAGAGUCACGAUCUUUCUCAACGGCCAGUUCAUUAUAGUUUAUACCUGUAAACCACAUAUAAAUCAUAAGUUUUGUCCAAUUCUAAUCACUCCGCGUAUUUUCAGUUCUAAAUUAUUUCAGUUCUAAAUGAGUAUUUCUGCUGAUGAGAAAGAUCGUGAUUCAAUCUUUACGACCGUUACGACCAUAUGGAAACAUAUACUUGAUAGAAUAGAUGGUUUGGAAACUCAUUAGAAUAACAAUGAUAACUCAUUAUCUAUGUUAGUCAACGUUUAUUUAUAAACAUGGUCGUUCACCGUCACGUGCGUAUUGUAUUCUUGCUAAAUCCACCAAUAACAAUUUUCAAUUUAUCCUAUUGUUCGAGUCACGGAUAGGCAACUUUCCUAAGACAUUGCUAUUGGUUAGUUGGGCAAAAAUACAAUACGCACAUGACGGUGAACGACCAGAUUUAUAAAUAAACGUUGACUAACAUAGAUAAUGAGUUAUAUUGUUAUUCUAAUGAGUUUCCAAACCAUCUAUUUUAUUAACUAUGAUGGAAACCAGGCUUAAGUAAACGUAAUACUUGCUUGAUAUAAUUAGUCACUGAAAACCCCCAAUAGGAAGUGAGCUGAGUAAUAAUGCAAUGUAAUCUAAUUCCCAACAUAGUACAACAUUUUUUUUCAAGAAAGCGUAGGUUUUAGUUGAUUGGAUUUCUUCGAUUAACCUGCGCGUUUGCUGCAUCUCUGGUGUAUCUUCGGUAAGUACCGUUGCAUGUUCACAGGAAUGAUGAAACGAGCUGCUUCGAUCGCAAGCUUCUUUAAUUCAGAGUUGGACUAAUUGUCAGACUUUAUGCUCCUGAUCAUCAUUACCCAUGCUCUAAAAUUAUUGGUGUUGCCACAACGUUACUUUGCAAGUCAUUGCAGUUCUGCGUGAUUUAGAUUUAUUGUAAAUGUUAAUACCAUUUUGUGUAAGUGAACACCAAAUACGCUGAUCCGUCGUGAUAUUUACUGCCUAUACAAAAAUCAGCUGAGAUAUUAUGAACUUCGAAUGCUAAAGCUCAAUUCACGCUACCAAUUGUCUUUCUGACGGACAUGCACAUUAAAUAUUUGAAUUAUACUUGUGAUCUAACCUUUCAAAUGCAGUUACUAAUUGCGUUCUAGCCAAUGAGCUAUUGGGAUCGUCCUCUCUCCCCACGUACUUCACACGGAAUCAACCAUUGAGAAUAUGAUACCAUUGAGAUAUGGAAUGUUGAUUUAUUGAUCAAUUUUUAUUGUAAAAACAAGAUAUCGUGGUUUACUCCAAUAUAAAUUAAAGUUUUAUAGUUUAUAUCGACUAAUUUACUAAUUUACAUUAUUUCAGCCCCGUAUAUUUGACUAUAAACUACCCUGUAUCAAAAUCUAUUAUCUCUGGCUGUCUAGUGGUUCCUUAAUUUCGGUGUGAAAAUUGGUGUUUUUAAACAUUCCGUUCGAUUUUUGCGCGUGUUAAAAUCCUUUUGUUUACGUAUUAAAAUCUAUGCUGGAAGACCGGAAAUCCCCGUGUUGACAUACUGUUAUAGAAACACGGUUCUCGACCAUCCAACGUUCCCGUACAAUGAAUGUUAUUUCAGAUCCUCGUAGUCAGUGUCUUCUCUCAGUUCCAGUUGCUCUAGAUCUUACGCUAGCCAAAACCCUAAUCCAAGCAAUACCGCGAUCAAACGUCCGCACGUAUUUACUUCUUGUAUUCAAAAGACUGGGAAUAGUAUUGUCUUCACGAAAUUCUAGCAAAUAAUUGAAGAAAAUUACUAGUCUUUAAAAUUAAACUCAGUAACUUCGUCUUGACACAAGAAAGAGGCUAUGAAAUUCCCUAUCUUAUAGCUUCAGUCGUUUCCCUGUAAUAACGUCGUUUCCCGUAUUUACUCUAUUAAUUACUAUUAUUUUGCCAGAGACUUUUUCUACCAUUUCCAUAAUUCGCGCAUGCGCUUUACGUUUGACCUCCGCGUUGAAGCCGGUUUUCCACUAGCGAUUUUAUCGCGCGAAGCGACCUCAGUUUUCCUUUGUCGGUAUCACUUAUUACCUCAGCAAGACGUGGCAAAAUGGAUGCCGACAAAGGGAAAAGGUCGCUUCGCGCGAAAAAAUUCGCUAGUGGAAAACCGGCUUAAUCCAAACUGCUCACGUGACACCUUUAUUCCAGUGGCGAAGCCAGCCAUUAACCAGCCUAACUCCCAAUACCACAAAUAGUUCAAGAUACAUUGUAGUUCAUGACUCUCAUAUUGUGAUGCUACAGGUCGCGUUACCUGUCACAUUUGGUUCGGGCUUGCCCGAGCGUCGCCUGAUCUUAUUCUGUGGCGUCAUUGCACUGGAGUUGAAGGCUCUCAAAGGAGUAAUAGGUCAACUUGGUAAAUAAUUAAUCAUAUUAGCCUCUGCGACGCCCGGUGGGGUGACAAAUCUAGGGUUACCAUCAUUGCUAUAGUGAUAACUUUGGAUACUAAUUGGUCGCGUUACCUGUCACACUUGGCCCAGGCUUGCCCACGCUAAUUGGUCGCGUUACCUGUCACUUUUGGCCUGGGCUUGCCCAGUGACAUCAUAGACUUUGCAUACUUAUUACUUCCGAAACCAAAUUAGACUUCAUACUAAUUACUUCCGUCCCUAGGUGCGGGGUAUUACUACUUAUGAUUUAAAAUUUGCAUUGCAUGACUAAAUUGGCGGGCUGGAUACGGCACAGUUUAUUCACAUUGUCUUGUGGAAGGGCAACCUUGUACCCAGGGUAUUUGCUCUUAUGGAGCGAUAUACCCUGGUAUGGCCUGGUCACGUGACCCGCGUAUUUUGCGUAAAAUGGCGUAUUGUUUAUUAGGGUCGGGGGAGUGAAUAUACAUUGUCACUCCUAGUAAUUAUAUCACGCUUUUUUAAUUACUAGGAGUGACCAUGUAUACUCACUCCCCCGAUCCUAGUAAACAACACGCCAUUUUACGCAAAAUCCGCGGGUCACGUGACCAGGCCAUACCAGGGUAUUUCGCUCCCCAAGAGCAAAUACCCUGGGUACGAGGUUGGUGGAAGGGUAGGUGUUAGAAAUAUUUGAAAUGGAAAAAUAGAGUUUGUAAGAAGGUAAUUAAAGAUUAUAUGGAAUAAGAGUCAUCUGCUUUCCUUCUUUUGAUUUUGAAAAGCCCAUUGCUUGUUUUCACUAUUUUAGACAGCAUUAUUUUGCAACUGCGACACCCGAUGAGACGAAGCUGCUUUCCUUAUUGAUUACAUUGUAUACCUUGCAGCAAUAUUUUUUUAUAUAUGGGCGAAAACUUUGAUUAAAACACAUGUACAUUACAGGUGAAACUUUCUCAUGUGCAAGCAAGACAGACCAGACAAUAUGAUCCCAAACUCAUUAAUAAUUAGUAAAUUAGCCAACCAUAUUACUUUAUUUUGCUCAUAUGAUGCGAGUGGGUACCUAGUGCAAUCCUCAAACUAGAUCAAAAUCUGAUUCUCCUCACUUUAAGUAGUGACUUAUUCGUAUGAGAUGUCAUAUCAAAUCCUACAAAUUAGUGAAGUCUAGAUUAUAUCAAAUCCUAUAUCUCGUAACGUUCUCAUAGUCGAAUUUGAUAUAUUAGGCUACCUCAAAUCGACAGUGAAGUAGCGCCGGACAACCUAAUGUAAGCAAACGGGUGAAAUUUCAACACCUGUUUGUGUUAGGCAAAUGUUGCUAGAGCGGAAAUAAGGUCCUGGAGACGAGCUUGUAUCAGUGAACUCCACAAAAACUGGAUCGAUAACUCCAGCUUUGUUUUUAAUCGAAAAUGGUGGAAAUUGAAACUCGUUUGUAGGUAUAGUCUAGGCUCUUACGCGAAAAUUCACUGAAAAUUCACUGGACACGAUAAGCCAGGCUUAUCGUGUCCUUAAAAUAUAGAGCAAGUGGUUUUUUCCAAAUAACAAAAUUUUAGAACCACCUCAACAUUAACAGCAAAGUUAUUUGACAAGUUCAGAAAAAACUCGCGGAGAAACACCAGCAAACGUUUGUUUUUCUAGAGUGUCUAUGAGGGAUUUGAACUGAACACAGAAUACAGCUGUGUCAAUCUUCCUUUUUUAUUAAGCAGGGUAUUUACCACUAAAAAUGAGCAUUUGUCUGCAAAAAUUAAAAAACAUCGAUCGGAAAACCUUAGUCAUUUGGCAGCUCCCGCGAAGUCCACGCGUAUUUUAUACCUAUAGCUACAAGAGAUCACUCUUUUGGCCGCCAUUUUGGCUUCACCCAAUCAUAGGACUGUUUAACUGGAGUUAUCGAUACUGUUUUACUGGAGUUAUUUAUAGAGUUCGCUGGCUUAUAUUCUAUCGAUCAGGUGCAAAAUAAAGAUAUUUCUAUAUAUUUCUUUCUAGAAAUGUGGCUUCUUUUACUACUUACUGCGCCUUUCUUAACAAUAGCUGCCGAUCUAUCAGUAGAAGAUUGUUUUGAUGAAGCUGCCACCAAAUAUAUAACUUGUAAGCCUGUCCACGGUAGACCAGCUGUUUGCGACUGCAUAUUCAAAGAUCCGUGUUACAUUAAAAUGAUUAUAAGUAAGGGGAAAAUUUCUGGUUCAAACGAAUCCCACUAUUUUAUCAAUCAGACAUGCCAAGGUCCAACCAUUACCGUGCAGCAAUAUGGGAUCGUCGUCAUUGAUUUUUCCAAUGAAAUGGACGAAGAUACUUCUUUUCACUUUCAUGGAAUGCACCAGAGGAACGUUCCUUGGAUAGAUGGAGUAGGAAAUGUAACCCAGUAUCCCAUACCUGGCAAAGGGCGGUUCAGGUAAACUUCAAAUACGUGCAUGCCAGCAGCAGUCCUUUUUCCAUUCUAACAAAUAAUUAUAUUUUUUCAAACAUUGUUUUUUUAUUAAUAAAAUGACCAAACGAUUAUACCACAAUAAGUAUUAGCCAUGGUAACAAUGCCGAUCAAUAUUGUUUUAAAUAGAGGAAAGUAACUAUGUAAUAUUGUUUAGUUAGCAUUGGCGAGGGGCUGCGCGUUGUAUUAUAUUAAUCUAUUUUUAUAGCUAAUAGUACCUUUUUCCCGGGAUUACGUGUGGAACUAAAUGAAGUAAAGUGAACUAAAUGAAAUUAAUGUAAAGGAGCACAGAAUGAAGGACAGUAGAGUAAAAGAGCAAAAUAAAAUAAAGCUAAAUUAAUUACGCAACCUAAAUUAAAUAAAGUAAGGGAAAGUGGAAUGAAAGAGCUUAAAUGUAAGCAGAGAAAAUAAAGCGAUGUUAAUUAAUUUAGCAAAGCAUUGUUAAAAUGAAAUGAGAAGAAAUAGAAUAAAAACAAAGUAAGGUAGAAAAGAGUUGAUGAAGGUAAAACAAAGUAAAAUAAAAUAGGUAUUAAAACGCGGUGAACUGAUUUAUUUUAAAGUUGAUCGAGUAGAGCAAAAUUGGAAUGUAAUUCAACACAAUUUAAUGUAAUAAUUAAUUACCAACCUUCAAACGUUGAACUACCGGUUUAUAAAUCAUGUUUUAAUCUUCCAUAUAGAUCUAUUUUCCGUGCAAACCCUCAGGGCACACAUUGGUACCACGCGCAUAUGCGAUACCAAAGAUCUAAGGGCUUAUUUGGUGUGUUGAUUGUACACGAAGCACAGAGCGACAUUUGUGAGAAGCUGGGGCCAUUUGAAGAUCAACCUCAGAGAAAAACACUGCUCAUUGUUGAUCAAGAUGCGAAUAAAAAGCAACCUGGUAAGACAGUUCAGUCAUUUUGUUUGCCAGAUGGAUCAAACUUGCCAGUAGAGUUCACAAGGUUUUCGUUAUUAAUAUAUGGUAAAGAACCUGCUACAAGCCUGCUAGAAUGCACAGGUAAUGAAACGCAUACACAAUUUUACGUGGUUAGUGGAAAAAACUAUCGUUUUAGAAUCAUCGAUGGGGCUUUGGGAACUGUUUUCGUGAUUUCCAUAGAUUAUCAUAAGUUGUAUAUCAUGGCGACGGACGGAUAUUUAGUAAAACCAUUUGAAACUGAUUUUCUUAUUGUGCACGUUGGUGAAACAUACGAUUUCAUUUUGAAAGCGAAGAAAGACAUCCUGCCAGGUUCUAAAUACCCAAUUAGGAUCCAGUCGCUCGCUGUUAAUUGCAAGAAUAGUAGCGAACUAGCCGGACAAGGUUUUGUCUUCCUGGUGUACACAAAUCAAUCUAGCCAAAUGACAUCACCAACCUCAGAAAAUUUGAUAGUUCAGAAUGAUAGAUGUAGUAAUAAAUCCAACCCGUGCACGAUAAUGAACUGUCCUUUUAAAAUAAUGCCAAGAAGUUAUUCAAAACCUGGUACAUAUAUGAAAUGCUAUGAUAUAUUAUCCCUUGAAUUGCUCUUUCCCACCCCAAGUGUUGAUAUUCCAAGAUCAGCUGAUGUUGCAAGCGAAUUUUUCUUCAACCUUGAAGGAGCGAAGCCUAGAGCAUCAAUUAUUAAUGGCAUUAAGUUCAAGCCGCCUGCAGUCCCUAUCCUUGAAAGUAAAGAUGCAGCAAAUGAAUGCAAGUAUCCGGUAAAUUGUUCAGAUCCUGGAAGAAAACAUUGCCCGCACACAGUUCACUUAACAAAAUUUAAUACGGCUACAAGAUUUGUGCUCUCAGUAUUGAACCAGGGACUGGUAGGUGGUCAAAAUAUUACGCAUCCAAUCCACAUGCAUGGGCAUACAUAUUUUAUCGCUAAAAUUCAAUACCCUGAAUACCAUCAGAAUGGAACGAUUAAGGAGCGAAACAAUGAUCUAAAGGCGUCUGCAUGUGCGCCAGCGAAAUGGAAAAAUGGCACACCCGGAGGGAUUUCUGUGACCAGUACUACAGUUCGUAAAGAUACUGUGAUGGUACCCGCUGGUGGAUAUGUAGUUCUUCAUUUCUUCCAAGAUAAUCCAGGGUACUGGUUCAUGCACUGUCAUGUUGAUUGGCAUCUCAAUGACGGAAUGGCGAUAGCACUUGUUGUAAAUCCCGAGAGGGCGAGCACUCCUCCUAAUCUACUGAACAGGGAUACAAAGGACUUUUGCUUUAGCGUGAAAACAUUUCUUAGUAAGGAAACUCAGUAUCCGAAGGAUAAACGGAAAGUAUAUUGAAAGUAAAUUCAGACAAAUUGUGGAAAUUGGAGAAUCAAGAAAUUGUUUAAUAAAAGCUACAGUGCGGAGAAUCGUGAAGAAUUAUUCAGAUCAACUUGAAUAGUUGAAGGAAGCCCGAAGGCACACGUAUUAUACCAAAUAUGCAGAAUUCGAGGGAUUAUUGUGCAAAGUUGCCUUUUAGAGAUUGAUACGAUAUUAUAUUCCGUUAAUAAAUAGAUAGAUACAUGUAGAC